AUGAAAUUUUGCAGCCUUAGUUUUGUUACACUUAUUGCUAUUGCAACUGCAGCUCCAUUGAACUUCAAUGUUCAAAUCACUCUGGACUCUUCUUAUGCAGUUCAGAGUUGUCAAGCAUUUUAUGACAGUCCUGUAGCUGCAUUUUCAUGUGAGGCAACUCAAACUAUUCCAUCUACUGAUUUAUGUUGCUAUGAAACUCCAAAUGGAGUUGUUAUGCAAACACAAUUCUGGGAUUUCAACCCUGAUUAUGCCGACGCAUCUACUUAUUCUGCCAGUACAAAGACCAAUUCAUCAUCUAAUCCUGGUGAUUUUGUGGGUUUGGGAACUGCAGAUCAAUUAUUCACAAUUCAUGGAUUAUGGAAUGAUCUUUGUAAUGGUCAAUACAACACUUACUGUAAUAAUGCAUUAAAUGUUCAAGCGUCUGAUUUACAAGAUAUUAUUGUUAACAAGUUUGGAGAUCUGGGAUUGUACAAUAAGAUGCAACAAGUUUGGGUAAGUAACAGUGGAAGUGCUUCAUCUUUAUGGGAACAUGAAUACAAUAAACAUGGUACUUGUAUGACCACCAUUCAACCAAGAUGUUAUACUGGAGAAUAUCAACAGUAUCAAACUGCUUACGAUUUCUAUAGAAAGGUUGUUGAAGUUUGGGAUUCACUUCCAACAUAUCAAUUUUUGGAAAAUGCUGGUAUUACUCCAACUUUAGAUAAAACUUAUUCCUUAAGUGAUGUUCAAGCUGCUUUAUCUCAAGCUCAUGGUGCUCAAGUUUAUGUUGGAUGCUCUAACACUGAUGCUAUUUCAGAAAUUUGGUAUUAUAACCACGUUAAGGGAAGUGUUUUAACUGGUAUUUAUAAACCAAUUGAUACUUUAACCAAGUCUAAUUGUCCAGCAGAUGUUAGAUAUUUACCAAAAAAUUAA